AUACGAGCGAGGGGUCCAUGCCGCCGCAUGCACCGCAGGCCACGCCAUGGAGUUAACACUGAGGGUUCCUGUGAAGAACAUACCAUGGAGGAACAACAACCUGAGCCUGGUGCACACGGAGCCCCCGUUGUCAGAGCAAGGAGAGACCGUCAUCGGAGUGUAUCUCCUGGUGCUUGGAUGGCUCUCCUGGUUCGGCAACAGCUUGGUGAUAUUUGUCUUAUACAGACAGAGGGCAUCACUGCAGGCCACAGACUUCCUCACUCUUAACCUCGCCUUCUCCGACGCCAGCAUCUCAGUGUUUGGCUACUCCAGAGGAAUCCUGGAGAUAUUCAACCUCUUCAAGGAUGACGGAUACCUGAUCACCUGGAUAUGGACCUGCCAGGUCGACGGUUUUUUCACCUUGCUCUUUGGCCUUGCGAGCAUCAACACCUUGACUGUUAUCAGCGUCACCAGGUAUAUCCGGGGCUGCCACCCCAACAAAGCUCACUGCAUCAGCAUAAACACCAUCGCCGUCUCCCUGCUCUGCAUCUGGAUGGGGGCCCUCUUCUGGUCUGCGGCCCCUCUGCUGGGAUGGGGAAGCUUCACAGACCGGGGCUACGGCACCUGUGAGAUCGACUGGUCCAAGGCCAACUACUCCACCAUCUACAAGUCCUACAUCAUCUCCAUCCUCAUCUCCUGCUUCGUGGUCCCGGUGACCAUCAUGUUCUUCUCCUACGUCUCCAUCAUCAAAUCUGUGAAGAACACCAACGCCAUGUCCGCCGACGGCUACCUCACCUCCCACCAGAGGACGGUGGAGAGGGACGUCACCAGGGUGUCCAUCGUGAUCUGCACAGCGUUCGUCCUGGCCUGGUCCCCCUACGCCGUGGUGUCCAUGUGGUCCGCCUGGGGCUUCCAGGUUCCCAACACCACUAGCAUCAUCACCCGGCUCUUCGCCAAGUCCGCCAGCUUCUACAACCCGCUCAUCUACUUUGGCAUGAGCUCCAAGUUCCGCAAGGAGGUGGCGGAGCUGAUGCCGUGCAUCCGGAGGAGCCACGAGGUGGUGCGGCUGAAGCACUUCCAGACCCUCGGACCCAGGGCCGAGGGCGGACCCGGGGGAGCCCUUCGUGUUCAGAAGCCAGGGAGCAAAUACGCCGUUUCCGAGCCGAACCCGAAGAACCCGUACGUCGACCAGGGGGUGACCGGCCCGCCUCCGAACCCGUGCCCUCACGCCAAGGGAGGCGUCGGCGGCGAUUUGCCCUCGCACAUCGAAACGUCACAAUACUGGUGCGACAGACUUUGAAAGAUGGCCGACGCCGCCGCCUUGAAUAUUUGACUUGGAAUAAACUUGAAUUACACUGUACUUGAAUUAUAAAAAAAGGCAAACAUUUUUAUUUUGUGGUCCCGCCAAACACCGACAACCUGUGUAUGUAAGCCUUUUAAUAAACAACA